CUGUUUCAGAUAUAUUCCAAGUGUCGUUUCGUUAAAGAAUUUAAAUCACUGUAUGCGCUAACCAAGCAUAUUCAGUGCAGCGGUCGUUUCUAAAAAAAAUAUCUAGUUUUAUUAUAUUUCAAGAAAAAGAACAGUGCCCUGCAAUGGGCAACUGGUCAGUUUGGGCGUUUGGUUUACUAGCCAUCAUCAAUGCGGUACCCGGAUGCGAGUCCAAAUUUUUGAAUUUCAAAAAUGGAUAUGAAUAUGUCUACCGUUAUGAAGGUCACGCUACAUUAAGAGAUCUCGGAAAGUUCAUCAUUAAAGCAAAGGUCAGUUUUACGAACAUUCGAAGCCAGGACGAUGGACAGGAACUGCUGUUAAAAGUCUACACGUUGAAUGUCGCUCCGGAGGAGGAUCCAAAUGUCAAGGGUAUCGACAAUGACUUUUCGAAAUGGUUUUCUUUUGUGAUAUCCACAAGAGGAAUUGUAAAUCAUGUGUAUCAUCCAAGUGGUGAAGAGGAGGAAGUGGUGGCCAUUAAGAAAGGUCUUGCUUCUAUAUUUGCCUCAAGAUUGCAUGAAGAAGGAGAGGUACCGGGCAGAGCAGGCAGUGGUGUGUUUACUUACCAUACUGUGGAGAAUGGAAGUGAAGGGGAGCAUAAUGCCACAUACACUGUGUCUUCAAUAAAGGAGGGGUUGGAGUUCAGGAAGACCAGACUUGGUCAUCCCGUUAAGAAUGCAAAGGCAUCAUUUCAAAAGACCAUGGUCUACCAUGAUAUCCUUGGAACCAUUCAUAGUGUCCUUAUUGAAGAGGAUUUCACAUCUCCCAAGAGUCCUCCAGGGUUUGAACCCCUCCAUGGCAUGAGAAAAAUAAAGGCUGUAAAUGAAUUUAGUACGACAGAAUACCCGGAUAUGUCAUACACCAGUGAAGGGAAAUUGACCUUUCUAACAAGACAUGUAGACAAAAAGGAAUGGACUAAGCCUAGUGAACAACUGUUGAAAGCAUCAAUACAUCUUGGCACUGUGAAACACACACCGAAACGUUUGAAUAUUACAGAGAGCAGAAAACACAUCACUUCGAAUCUGACUUGCAUUGAAAAUCAGCCAGAUCAAGGUUCUCCGGUCACUGGUUUGUGUUUUCGGAAUAUUGUGAACCAGCUUUUGAAGUUACCUGAUCAAGAAAUUGUCAAAAUUGCCCAGUUCUACUUCCGUGUUUUGCAGCCAACAGUUUAUAGAUAUAGAAAAGCUACAGAGAAUAUGGUUGAUGCUUACGGAACAAUGAACACAGAACUGUCUGAGAGAAUGCUAGCAGAGAAAGUUCUACUAAGUCCUACUCCUGAUCAUAAUCUUGUCAAAAGGGUUUUGACGCAUGUUGCAGUCAAUGAGAAAGCUCCAUCUGAGCUGAUGGUGAAAACUUUGGAAGAUGCAGUGUUUAACAGAGAGAAAUUUCCUGGGGAGUUUUACAUCAAUGAUACUCAUAGCCGAUGCAUGCUGGCUCUAGGAGCUGUUAGUCACAAGUUAUUAAAGGAAGGGAAAGUGCAGAGGGCCAGGAAAUUGAUUGAUCGGAUUCACUCAAAACUGGGAUUGCAUGACCCAUGGGAAUACAGGCAAAGGAGAGCCGUAAUGACGAGGAGAGAGAAGGAGGAAUAUGACCACCACAAAGUGGUCUUACUAGAGACCUUGGGAAAUGCUAGGCUGGACGAGUCCUAUGAUUACAUUCUCUCUCAUCUUAACAGCACAAACUCACCAUGGAUAAAGAGGGCUGGGUGUCACGCGCUCCGCAAAUACGACCAUCAACACGCUGCUGAUACCCUGUUGUAUUCAGCGCUGUAUGAUGAGGAUCAGACAGUAAGAUAUGAGGCCUCUCUCCUCUACAUGUCUCAUCCCAAGGGAAAGAUGAUUGCUCCGAUGAAUUCCAGGGAACAAACUGCGUAUGACAACACAACAAUAGUGGAGGAUCCAUAUGAUGCAGGUGUGGGUGUUGUAGAUCUAGAAGGUCACCAGCGAUCUCGCAGAAGUGUGUGGGACGGCAUUCAAUUUAGAUUAGCGGCUCCAAGCGUAGACUGGAGAAAACACAUUGGAUCCACAUCUAUCGGAGCAUCUUUUGGCGUAAUCAUGCUGAACUUGUUAGAUUUAGCAAUAGCUCCAACCCAAGGCCACAUAAAGAUCCGUGUACACGACGAGGCUUAUGCAAGAAUACAUGUUGGAAUACUGAAUUUCAAUUAUGACUUCUUUGUUGCCAGAGUUUGUUUUAAAGGAGGGACUGAGUACAACAUCAACAUCUUACAGGGAAACGAAAUGAAAAAAAUCAUUGAGAUGGCAGCAAAUUUUUCAAAGAAGCUGAGAGAAAUUGUGAAUGGCAUUAAAUCUGGUGUGCAGUUGUUCAAAUCCUUGAUAUCUGGCAGCCUUAACCUAAAGAAGAUAAUCGAUGAUUUUGUCAGUGCUCUUACAAUUAUCCCAAACAAGGUAGCAAAUUUGAUUGAAAAAUCAAAAGAAGCCCUGACUGAAAUAGGCCAAUAUGAUCCUGAUGAUCUGCCUCCAGAGUUCAAGCCUACAAUCAAUUUUGUGCAUAAAGUGUCCAAACUGUUUUCUGAUAUCAAAGCAGAUGUAAUGGGAUUUGUGAAUGCAGUGGAGCAGCCUGUCAAGGUGGUACUUCCUCAUCAAGGCAAAGCUCUAUAUGAAAGUAUCAAAGACAUCAUUAAUGGAUUUUCAAAAAUUUUGAAAAACCCCAAGGCAGCACUUGCAAGUAUUGGAAAAGGAGUGUUCACGAUUUAUCAGUCCAUUAGAAUUCUGAUACAACAGAAAGAGAAAAUACAAGAGGCGUGCUUUUUCCUACGAGAUGAAAAGCCAUAUUGGUUUGAUGUUGAAAAGUUGUUGAUUGAAUACAAACCUUUGGCGGAUACAGCUUUUACCAGUCUCAGAACUGCUGGAGAUAAAUGGGUCAAUGAGGAAAUUGGGGAUGCAGAGGACAUGGUCAAAAAAUUUACAAAGGGCAGAGUCACAUUGAGGGAACUGAAGUUAGAAGCUGUGCGGACUCUUGAGAACAUCCAGAAGCUUCUGAUGGACCCGUUCAAUGAUUUAGUGGGACUGGCGGAUAACUUUGUGAAACAAUAUUCAAAUGUGUUUGGACUGAUUCAAAAGGUCAAGGACGCAUACACCACUCUGAAGGAAGGUUACGAUACAGCAAGGGGAAUGAUUGAUUCCAUAUUUGGACCCAAGGUACACAAAGACUUUCCCAAGAAUCGGCGUUUAAAGGGAAGUGGAUGUAGCAGUGGAUUCUAUCCAUCUUCUCUACCAUACAAACACGAGGGACUUGAUCUGCUGGCGGAAAGCGGAGACCAGAUUGUAGCUCCUUUUGGUGGUUCUAUAACAGUUGAUGCUGAGGACUCGCACACAGUUAUCAUCGCUUCUGAGGGAGGUUCACUGCGAGGGAUCACAAUAUUCAUUACUAACAUAGAACCCAAUUCUACCAUUGACACAGACGAGGGCAGAUCAGUAGCGGCAGGUCAACCUAUCGGUACUGCAACUGGUUCUUCCUGCGCGAAUCACAUCCAUCUAGCCUUUCAGAAGGAUGGAGGUAGUUAUGUCGACCCCACCAAGUAUCUGGAGUCCAUCAUUCCAGUACUCCCUGUGUGGAAGCAGAUUUGUGACGACUACAAACUUGUUUUCAAGGCUGAAACAUUAGCAGCUGGGGUGAUAGUUGGUUUGAUGGGAGAAGAUGAACAAAAUAAGGACCCAUCCCUUUCCAACACUGACCAGGCUGCUCCAAUUGAAGAUUUUCCAGAUAACAGUGAGGAUCCAGAUGAUACUAAAGAAAUAAAAAGUCAACCAAAUGGUCUCUACCUCAAAGUACACUCGAGCUUAAGCAGUGCUUUAGAUUUUGACACAAAUGAUGAUCAAUGUGCAGCCAUUAUGGGUACCAACAGUUCCCAAGAUGUCAAAAGAUCAGCUGGAAAACUAAAAGGGAUAUUCUCAAAACUGUUGAAGACAGCAGACAAAUUUUUGGAGAAAUUUAACAUUAGACGUUUGAAGUUUGGCACGAUCAUGGAAUUUCUAGACAGAUUUGGAAUGACAGAAAGCAAGGCUGCCAUGGCACGAGUGAUGAGGGAAAUGAAGGAUAUCAUCGACAACACCACUUGUAGGAAUCCGUAUGAAAUGACGGAGGACCAGCUGGUAAAUGAACUGACAGAGAGAGGCAAAGACACCAAGGGAUCCAGAGAACAACUUAUUGAUAGACUGGUGCAGUUAGAUAAAGGAUGCCCUUUGCUGACUUUCACCAUGCCAAAGACUGUAUACUGCACAUUUGACAGCAUGUGUUUGGGAUUGGAAUGCUGCAUUAACUUGAAAUUUGCCAUAUUCCUAAAAGUUUUCAAAGUGUGGGCUCGCUUCGAUCCUUGCACAACUCCCAUGUUAUUCUCUCUAGGAUUGGAUUCACUGGCAUACAAAAUUGAGAUACCGGUCGAUAGCUCUUAUGAAGGUUUUGAAGGAGAAUGGAGGGGAGGAUAUAAAAUGGAUAUCCUGGGGGGAUUAGAGGUGAUCAUCAGAUACAAAAUUUUCAAAGGCAAAAAUGCAACACUGGCAACCUUUGGAGUUGGAUUGUGUAGCUUCGAUGAUACAGAAAAUUGUUUGGUGUUUGUUAACUUGUUGGACAAUGCUGUUCUCCCAGUUCCAACAUGUCUGCCAGAUGGAACAUUGGUCUGGCCUCAGUUGGAUUUCAAAAAUCUGUUCAUGAAAGAAGCUCUCUUUCGGCAAAUCAAGGAACAAGGAAAAGCUGUAAUAAAAAAAGUAACCUCACAGCUGACCGAUGAAUUUCUGAAAUUAUUGAAAAUAGCAAAGGACAAGCUUAAUGAAGACAUUCCACUGCCAAAGCCAGAUACAAUGACCCUGGGUCAGAUUGUAACAGAGCUGAAAUCGAGGAACUUGUCUAUGACAGGUUCUAGACAAGAACUCAAUGAACGCCUCAAGAAGGACGACCUGACCUGUGUCAACACUACCUUGGGAGAACUACCAGGGAGCCUCUCUGAUAUUCUGUAUUAUAAAAUUCAGAAAGACUGCAUGAGGAUAGAUGCUUGGGCAGACAUAAAAGUGAACCUGCUGGGUUAUUCCUUCAGCAAAACACUGUCUGCCUUCAUUGAGUUAGAUCCAUGCAGUUUUGUUUUACAAAUUGGAUUUGAAAGAUACUUGUGGACAAAAGUUCUACUGAAUUAUGAAUGGGGAAUAGAUGAACUGGCAGAAAUAAGUUCAAAUGUUAAAAUCAAGUACAGCAUUGGUAGAGAUGUUGAUGAAGGCGUAUUCAUCUUGAAUUUCGGCCUGAUGAUUUGUGUGUCUGCGUCAGAUUGUAUUGUAAACAGUGACCUGCUGUCCAAUGUCAAGAUACCUAUCCCGCUAUGCAGAGACUUUGUUUUCCCAGGGAAUGGUUCAUUUGCUGGGUUGCUGGAGAAAAUUGGUGGAAAGAUGACGGAGGAAGCCUUCCAACUUGUUCUUAGGAAGUUUGAUUUGCAUGAUGUGAUAACUUCAGGAUCCUGCCCUGUCAUUCCACCCACACCUGAAAACUGCCCCACUGAAUUUGAUGUGCGCAAGAACUUGCCGGAAAGUCUUAGACAGAUGGUAACUUGUGAGCAGCCUUCUAACUGCUGGGGGAUCGAUUGCUGUCUGCAGCUCACCUUCACCAUACCACUAGGAGACACUGAAAUAACGAGGAACAUCCCAGUCUGGUUUAAAUUAGACCCAUGUGACUUCUCACUGGACAUAGGCUUUGGAAAGAAAACUCUUCUCAAAACUCAUUUGUUGGAAUAUGAGUAUGGGAAGCAACAAACCUUGUCACUGGGCUCUGGAAGUCCACCUCCAGUAGAAAUUAGAUACAAAAUUAAUCAGAUGGAUGGAAACAAAGGCUUUAUUGUGGAUUUGAAAAUACUCAUCUGCUUUGAUUUUGAUGGCAAGGCUGUGUGCAUUCCUACAAAGGAUGGACUUCAUCUUUUGAAAGAUCAGGAAAUUCCUCUUUGUGAUCAAAAUACUCUGAUAGAUUUAAGCAGUUUUUCAUUGACUGAGUGGAUGAAGGAGAAAUCGCUGGAUUUAAACAAACAGCUAGAGGAGGGAGCUCUGAUGUUGCUGCUGGAUCAGCUCCAGCUGUCGGAAUUUUUCCUGAGACCGAAAUGUGACAGGACCCGAUCACCAUACAUCCCUUCUAUACAAGGAAUCCAUAAUGAAUGUCCAAAGACCAUUGCCUUCCUGCCCUCUGAGAUCCCGGAGCCCAUGUCCUGUUACAUACCUGACUACUGUACAGGCAUAGAGUGCUGUGCUGAGAUUCCUGCUCUUGGUCUGGGGCUGCAUGUGUUUGCCUUUUUGGAUUUGAACAAACUGGAACUUCAGAUUGGAAUGGAAAACGUCUCGGAAACCAUCAAACUCAAUGAUUAUGUGUGGGGAGAGGUCAAGACUUUGAUGGUGGCUGGAGGUCUUAUAAAAUUACUGACGAGUGUGAAGCCAGUGACGAAUGAGAAUGUGUACAUCUUUAAUGUGCAUGCAUCUGUGUGUCUGAAUGGAGGAGUGUGCUCCAUCGACAUCCCUCUCUUACAGAAUACCAGAUUACCAACAAUCAGUGCCAUAAUCACGGGAGAGAGCAAGAACUUCUCCUUCACAAACUGGCUUCAGGAGAUGAAUGUGACACUGGACAAUCUGCGAGAUAAUGCCAAGUCACUGCUGCUUCAACAGCUGGGUGUUGACCAGUACCUGUUAGAGACUCCCUGUGAUGUAGCUAGUGUCCGAUACUCUCCCAGUGAACACGGGUGGAAGAAUGAGUGUCCAUUGGACUGGGUGAUUUUACCCCACAUUACAUCGGACAAUGUGAGAUGUGGACUGUCCUCAAACUGUACAAGGAUAGACUGCUGUGUGAAUUUCAGUCCAUUGAAUCUCAAGCUUCAUUUCUUUCUACACUUUGACAGAUGUAACUAUGUUAUCACUGGAGGAAUUGACAAGAAAACCUUCAGUUAUGGACUUCUAGAUUUCAACAACUUCUGGGGUAGAGAAGUUUCUGUGAAUGUUGCAAACGUUAUAUUCAUCAAAUUUAAGGCCAGUCAACUAGAAGUAUCCAAGAAGUAUGUGCUAGACAUGGGUGUCUCUGUGUGUUUAGAGCCCGAUCACUGUAGUAUGGAUGUUCCUAUAUUGAAUCAAGUUCUCAUUCCAGUCCUUAAUUGUGAUCUCACAAUGGAUUUUAAUGUCAAAGGAUUUUCUCUUGUCAACUGGAUGAAUAACCAAGGUCUCUCAUUUGAUGGAAGUUUGUCAACAGCUCAGGCAGCUGCUCUGUUUAAGAUGUUGGGCAUUGAUUCCUUUCUGAAAAACCCCGCCUGUGUCCGAACAGAGCCACCGUACGGUGUCAACAAACAAGACCAGAGUGGAUGGUCAUCAGAAUGUCCAGUAAACCUUGUUCUUCCCAAAAUACGAGGAACAACUGCCUGUCAUAUUAAGAAAACCUGUACAGCGAUCGGAUGCUGUGUAGAGGUUGGAAAGGUCAGCAGAGCGUUUGAGGUAGAGCUGGAUAUCGACUUCUGUAACCAGAAAUUGACCUUUGGAAUAGAAAAGCUCACAGAAACCAUCUCGCUUCAGGGAUUUGAGUAUGGUAAAAGAAAGGAAGUUGUCAUUAUGGGUGUCAUAAAAUUCUGGUACACCAUAUGGAACAACGAGGGAGAAGGUGUUUACGUCGUCUCUGUGGAUCUGGCUGUCUGCUUUGAAGAUGGAGGUGACUGCCUCAUCAACACAGAGGUCCUAGAUCGAGCCAAACUGUCUAAACAGUCCUGUGUUUGGGGUACAUCAUUCCUAAACCCAGAUUUCUCGUUGGAGACAUUUAUGAGAGACAGUGCAAUCACAGCGUAUGAUCAGAUAAAAGGUCUUGCUCUGGAUAAAUUGAAAGAGGCCCUAGGUCUUCCCACAUUCUUGAAUGAUCCACCAUGUUCUUUGACAGAUCCAAACUAUGUCCCAAAUUCUAAUGGAAUCAAGAAAGUGUGCCCAAAGGAUCUUUCCCAGCAUGGAUUUUCUUUACCAACACUUCCCAGCAGCAUGGUCUGUCAAAUCACAGAGUCCUGUACCGGAAUAGAUUGCUGUGUCAGAGCAGAACCAAUCCAUCACAACUUCCAUGUUUACCUAGACAUAGACCCAUGUAACCUCAAAAUUCAGUUUGGUGUGGACAAAUUCCAGUUCCAGAUCUACAUGCAGGAGUAUAAUUUUGGUGUGGAAAAAGAUGUCCGAUUAGUCAAUGUUGUUCGCAUCAAGUUCCAGAUUUGGGAUUUAGCAGCUGAAAAUGAGUACCUCGUCAACCUCAGACUCAGCGUCUGCUUUGAUUCCCAGUCAGCCUGUGUACUGGAUAAAGUCAUCUUCCAUGAGAAACGACUUCCAAAGAAUGUUUGUGAUUUUGCUGCAGCAGUGCAAAAUACAAAUUUCUCUCUCGUGGAAUGGAAGUCAUCACUAGGAAUAUCAACAGAUGAUCUACUCCCCACCAUGACAGAUCAGCUGAUGGAAUACCUAGGAAUAGCCGGAUACUUAAACAGACCACAGUGUAACAUCACGAGGGGGUUCAGCAGUACCGAUGGGUGGAUUGAUGACUGCCCCAAAUCACAACUUUAUCAGAAACCAAACCUGGCAGAAUUACCAGUACUGUGCUCCAUCUCUUCCAAGUGCACAGACAUUCACUGUUGUGUGCACGUGGAGCCCAUAGGAAGGAGCUUUGAGACCUACAUUGAUGUUGACAUGUGCAACAAAACUCUGGUUCUCGGUAUCGAGCAGUACAGAACAAAACUCAGUCUUCUGACGUAUGAAUUUGGUACUAAAACCAGGUUUUGGCUAAAGGAUGUAAUAAGGAUUGAAUACAGUGUGGAGGACUUAAAAGGAGAUGCUAAGUACAUAGUGAACAUGAAGGUGGAGGUUUGUCUGGAGAGUGACAAGCCAUGUCUGUUCUCCCAGGAUGUAGCAAAAGAUCUCUACCUGCCCAAAAUUGGAUGUGACUGGUCGCUGAAUGUCUCCGAGUUUUCCUUAAGUGAAUGGUACAACACCAUGGCCAUUUCUGCUGGAUCUCUUCUGUUGGCCACUCAGCUCUCCAUAUUGAAGGAGGCACUAGGGAUCACACAUUUCCUGCUGCCAAAGGAUGAACAAUGCAACAGGAUGUCAAUUGCAUACAGACCAGAAUCUGCUGGGCAACAAGGAUGGAAAAUAGAUUGUCCAUUGGCUGUUGGGGAUAUGACUAAGAUUGCAAGUGGGGUACCCUUGAGUUGUCACAUUAAGAGUGCAUGCACAGCCAUAGAAUGUUGUCUAGAUCUGCAAGACCCUCUCCAACAAACCAUCCAUUUCUUCUUUGACCUUGACCUCUGUCUGCAGACUCUGAAACUGGGAAUAGAAAACUUCACAUAUGACAGGACCCUUUUCUCGUACUCAUAUGGUACUUGGGACCACUUUCGACUUGCCGAUGUGGUGCAAAUUUUGUUCCAGAUUGAUGAAGUCAAUACAACAUUUUUGGAAAUAUCCCUAAGGAUUAAGGUCUGUCUGGAAGAAAACUCCUGUGUUUACGAUAUUAUGUUACUGGACAGACAGAUCAUUCCUAAGCCAGGCUGUAGCUGGGACUUAUCCUAUACUAUCCCAGAUUUUUCUUUGAAAAAUUGGUACAAUGAUAUUGGAACAAGUAUUGGGUCCCAGUUGUCCAAGCUUAACAUAGAGAAGUUGAUGGAAGAGCUCGGUAUUGCAAAGUACGUCCAGGAAACACCAUGUCAAAGAGCAGGCCAGAAAUACAGUCCGCAGAUAAAUGGAUGGAAGUCCGACUGUCAGAUGGCUGUGCUGACCAGUCCAAUCACAGACUCUGUGUCUUGUCUGAUUAAGGACACCUGCACUGCUGUCAGCUGUUGUAUAGACAUGGACUUUUUACAGAGGUCUUUUGAAACCUACAUUACGGUGGAUGCUUGUAAUCACUGGAUAUUAGUUGGAAUAGAGAAAUUGUCCUUUAACAUCAGCUUGGAUGAUGUUUCAUUAGGUACUGAGAACAAAUUCUACUUGAACAGUGUGAUACGAAUUCACUACAAAAUAGAAGAUUUGAAAGUAGAGAGACAGUUCAGGGUGUCCGUAACCUUGAAGGCUUGUUUUGAGGCUUCGGAUGACAACCAGUGUAUUAUUAACAUUGAUGUCUUCAAAAACACCCUUUUACCUAAAAGAAUAUGUGACUGGGUGGAGGGAUUUGCCACUGCAGACUUCAAUCUAUCCAAGUGGUACCAGGACCUUUCACUUCCACCGGGUCCUAUUCUCUUCCAGUCAAUCAGAGACGAACUUUUGGAUAAGUUGGGUGUAAGAUCUUACCUUAACACAGUUCCCUGUUCUUUCUCGUCCACCACAUAUAGCCCAGCUAACAGCAACGGAUGGAAGAACAACUGCAAGUUAGACCUGGCUUCCAGUUUGCCAGCUCUCCCCUCCACAGUCAGGUGUAACAUUGCAGACAUCUGUACUGGAGUUAGCUGUUGUGUGGCAGAGAAUUCAGUACUGAGGCACCAUUUUACAUUGGGCGUGAAGCUGGAUGAUUGCAACCACAUUUUGACAUUUCAAAUAGAAAAGCUAGAAAUUCAAAUUGCUCUGAAAAAUUACAGCUUUGGUGUCACAGAGAAGAGAUAUCUUAUGAGUGUUAUACAGUUUGAAUUCAAAAUUGAUGAUGUGCCACUGGAGAAGAAAUACAAGAUAUCAGCAAGUAUAAAGAUAUGCUAUGGAAUAGGUCCAUGUGCUUUGGAUACACUUCCCCUGAUUCAGGACUUCAGACUUCCUAAAACUUUAUGUGAAUGGGGAACAGGUUUUACAUCAGACUUUUCCCUACGCUCGUGGCUGUCAGACAGAGGACUGGACAUUAAAGCUGCGCUGUCUUCUCUGAAUGCCGCCUCACUUCUUGGAUCUCUAGGGGUGUCAGAGUCCUUGAAAGAUCCACAGUGUUCAAAAUUAGCCGUGAAGUAUCAGCCUCACAUCAAUGGAUGGAAAAAUGAGUGUCCCAGUAUCCCUGCCCUCCCUGCCUUACCCAGUUCAGUGUCCUGUCACGUACCACACACCUGUACCAGCAUAGACUGCUGUGCCGAGAUAGCCUUUCUCAGUGGUCGCUCCAUCAAUGUACAGGUUCUCUUGGAUCCUUGUGAAGCCAUCAUGAGUCUGAACAUAGAGAAAAUGCAAUAUAAUAUAACUCUGUUUGACUAUGACUUCGGUACCACUGAUCAUUUCACACUACAAGGUGCCCUUAGAAUAGAUUUUAACAUACAGAAUAUGGUGAUGGACAGAAAGUACCUGCUAAACAUGAACUUAAGUGUCUGUUUAGAGACGACUGACCUCUCAGAUUGUUUGUACUCUGUGGUUAUAUUCCAUAAUACAUUAUUACCAAAACAACUGUGCAGUAUGGAACUGGACUAUUUAAAUCCCAGUUUUGACCUUUCCUCCUGGAAAUCCUUGCUUGGCGCUGGCUCUCUGUUGACUCUUGAGCAGACUAAGCUGUUGCUGAGAGAGCUAGGUGUUGAUGAGUAUGUAGGGAUUGGUUGUUCCAGGAAUGCUACACCUUACACUCCAGAGACACACAUUGGGUGGAAUGUACCGAAAGUGUGUAAAGUGGAGCCUCCGACAUUGUCAAGUGAUAUCAGCUGUCACAUCAACACCUCCUGUACAGGGGUCAGCUGUUGUUUAGACGAUGCCUUCACUGGAUUGACCUACCAGAUCUCGGUUACUGUGGAUUCUUGUGGAGAAACUCUGAACAUUACAUUGGAGAAGAUGAAGUUUGUGAUUUCACUCUUUGAUUAUCCAAUGGGAACCAAGAGUACUGCACAGCUGUUUGGAUUUUUGCGACUAGAGUAUAUGAUUGAUGACUUGCAUUUGCUUGGAGAAAUUGUGGUGGAUCUAAAAGCUAAACUUUGUUACUCUAAAAGUAAACCUUGUGAGCACGAAAUGACAAUUCUACAAGGUUUUAGACUACCCAAACCUUUGUGUAGUUUCAGUCCUGGAAAGUUUGCCAUUCCAGAUUUCUCCCUGAGUAGAUGGAUGACAGAUGUUGGAAAAAUAGGAGAUAAAGCGACGCUUGAACAGUGGGCUAUUGAAUUGUUGAAAUCCGAUUUAAAACUGUCCAAUUACAUGCUAGAGCCAAUGUGUAAAAGAUCCCAGUAUUUUACAGGAAAUGGCAACUGGAACUCAAGUGCCUGUUCUCAGUUGAAAUCUCUACCAUCUCUGCCAAGUCACACAUCAUGUGCGCUGUCUGCCUCCUGCUCUGGAGUCAAAUGCUGCACGGAUAUAGCUCUACUGAAAACGGCCGUUCAAACCGAAGUCACAGUGGACAAAUGCAGAGGGAAAGUCUUCAUUCAAUUAGAAAAACUGGAAAUUGUUCUCAUGCUCAAAGAUUUCAAUUAUUCGUCAUGGCAAACUUAUACCAUACAGAAUGUGUUUCGAUUGGAGUAUAAGAUUGACUACCUUUCUGCCGAGUCUGCAUUCCUGUUCAACAUCAAAUUCAGUGCUUGUUUUGAAAGUAAAGGGGACUGUAUGCUGAAUAUUCCUAUCAUGCAAGAUGUGAAAAUUCCAUUCCUCUCCUGUAAUUUCAGUAUGCAGCCAUUUGCAAUUCCAGGUUUCAGUCUCAAUGAUUACUUGAUAAGCAAAGGAAUACCAAUUUCCAUCAGCUCCCUGUCAAGUGUCAUGGCAGAUCAGUUGUUGGAUCAUCUCGGUGUCAGCAAGUUUUUCAGUGAAACUCCGUGCAACAGAACAUCUUUUGCUGGAACAGCAUCAGGCUUUGAAAUCGAUUCUUCCUGUACACAAGAUGUGUCUCCUUACACCCCCACUCUGCCUGCCAGUACGAACUGUAGGAUCUCCUCUGGCUGUACUGCUAUACAGUGCUGUACAGACCUAGCACUCAUAGGAAGGACACUCACCUACACAAUCAACAUCGAAGCGUGUGCCCACACCGUAACAUUGCAGAUAGAAACUUUCCAGCUUCACCUAUCACUUCUGGAUUUCCAGUUUGGAGAGGAGCAGAAAUUCAGCAUUGAUCAAAUCUUUUCAAUCAGGUAUAAGAUCACAGAUCUGAGUGGUCAGGGUCAGUACCUUGUCGACCUGAAGCUGAGUGUGUGCUUCAGUGAUGGAUCAGCUUGUCAGCUGGAGAAUGCCAUUGUCAGUAACUAUCUGGUGACGAAACCAACAUGUGCGUGGUUUAAUGGAUACAAAGUUAUAGAUUUUUCCUAUUCCAAUUGGUUGUCCUUAAACAACCUAAGCCCAUCAGAUGUUCUAUCUGUAAGCAGUGUGCCAAAACUUCUGGAAACACUAGGUCUGACAAAAUUCAUGAAGAAAGAAGCCUGUAGUAGGCAGAUAGGUCUCUACAAAAACUCAUACCAAGGAUGGGUAUCAGGGUGCACGUCGGAUAGAGACAUCAGUAAACCUCAGUUGGAUCCCAGUCUUGCCGCCUGUUACCUGCAGAAAUCCUGUACAGGUGUGCAGUGUUGUGUUAGUGUUCCGCAAACAGGGCUUUCAGUGGAGGCUUUUGUAGAAGUCAGUCCUUGUAAUCGUCAACUGAGAGUAGGCAUUGAAAAUCUGAAAUUCAACAAAAGUUUGUAUGGCUACAAGUUUGGAGAGAAGGAGAAAUUUGACCUGUUUGGUGUGGUGGUAGUUGAUUUUCAGAUAACUGACUUGGACUACAUUGGUGAAAACGGGAAGUAUUUAGUGAAUUUAAACAUUAGUGUUUGUCUGGAGUCAGGUCAGCCUUGUGGAACUGUAAUCCCUGUGUUUGUCAACAGUCUGCUACCAAAAGAAGCAUGUGAAAGGGGAUUAGACUUCAUAGAGAAUGCUUUCUCCCUGACGAACUGGAAAUCCAUGCAUGGAGUAUCUCCGGGAAUCUCUCUAGAUGUUCCUCAUGUAAAACAACUGCUACAGGACCUUGGAGUCUCACAUCUGUUAGUAGACGAUAAUCAGAAAUGUGAUUGGACUAAACCUCCAUACAACACGGUCAACAGUACAGGAUGGAUAGACGACUGUGACCGGACAACAGAGAACCUUCCAUCCCUUGGUCCCAACGUCAGGUGUGCUGUGUCAGCCUCCUGUAGUGACGUCAAGUGUUGUGUGCACUCUGACAUCCUAGGGGGGAACCUGGAGGCUUACGUCGAUCUAGACACCUGCAAUGGCAAAGUCUCUGUCGGGAUAGAGAAGUAUCACUGGACUGAUAAACUUCUGGGAUACAAGUUUGGAGAUGUUCGACACGUUUCUCUACUGGGAAUGGUCAAUUUAGAUUACAUCAUAACCGACUUGGAAACUUCCUUUGGAUUUAGUCUGAAUAUAAGUGUUUGCUUUGAAUCUCAUGGUGUGUGCGAGAAAGAUUUUCAGAUCUUCAAUGAACACAAACUCAAUAAACCAUUCUGCAACUGGACAACAGACUUUGUUAUAAAAGACUUUUCAUUGGAGAACUGGAUGGCAGCCAAUGGAUAUGCUGUUGCUGCGGUGCUGCCUUUGUAUGCUGCCUCUCAGCUGUUACAUGACCUUGACAUCAUUCAGUACAUGGGAGAAUAUAGCUGCAACAGGAAAUCCAUUCCUUUCUACCCUAGCAAACUCGGAUGGAAUAAUGGUUGUGACCAGUAUGCAUCAUUAGUCGGUAUCCCUGCUGGCACCACCUGUCACCUGUAUGACUUCUGUACCGGGGUGCGGUGCUGCUCAGAUAUCCCCCUGCUGGCCAGAUCGAUCAACACGUGGUUAAUACUGGACCACUGUAACUACAAACUCAGUGUAGGAUUCGAGAAAUUCUCCAUCAAUGUCAGCCUUCAUGAUUAUGUUAUGGGAAGCAAGCAGAGCUUCAACAUCAAUGGAGUCCUUAGAAUACAAUAUAGUAUAGAAGACUUGUCAACCGAAGGAAGAUACCUUGUGAAUCUGAAUCUACAGAUCUGCUUGGAGGCAAACAAAGCAUGCAUGAUUGAUGCCCCAAUCUUUAAAAACACAAAGCUCCCUAAAAAACCAUGUGAAUGGACAACAAAUUAUAUUGAUGAAGCAUUCUCUUUUGAUGCCUGGAAACAAAUGAGAGGAAUUACCACAUCAGGUCUUUCAAACAAUUUCCGCACAGAACUUCUUCAAGGUCUUGGCCUUUCUAACUUUGUGUAUGGUGAUAAUAAGAAGUGUAGCAGGACCAACACACCAUACACAGGAGCGGUAGAUAACUGGAGAAAUGAGUGUAACGGGACCCUGCUAACUGCUCUCCCGUCCCUGGCCGGUGAGGAUAUCGUGUGUUACAUUACCAGCUCCUGUGAGACUGUACAAUGCUGUAUUAAUGUUCCCAUCAUCAGCACCACUUUUAACGCAAGACUGAAUGUGGAUCCAUGUAAUUUUCUGAUGACUGUCGAGAUAGAAAAACUGAAAUUCACUAAGAAGCUGUUUGACUAUGAGUGGGGCCUAGAAGAACAAGUAUGGCUUUUCGGUGUGGUCAGGAUGACAUUCAGCGUGUUUGAUUUGUACUCAGAAGGAUACUUCAUUGUAAAUCUGAAACUUGAAGUUUGCCUAGAAGCAGCAAAAGUACCUCUGUGUGAAGCAGCAAUUCAACCUUUAACAGAUUUCUAUCUACCAAAGAAAGUUUGUGAAUGGAAUGCACCGUUUAGCAUCAAAGGAUUUUCUCUGGCUGCAUGGCAGAUAGCAGAAGGCGUGGCCAACACUGUUCCUAUAGACAGCAGUUUUGUGGAUAAUCUCUUGUCUGAUUUGAAUGUAGCAGCACUUAUGUAUUACCCCUCAUGUUCCUGGACAGAUGCCGAGUACUCCGGUGCUGCCGCAAACUUUCCAACAUACUGUCCUGUAUCAGUGAAGUCUUCUCUGACAUCUAUAGCAGACCUGGCCCUGUGUUCGGUAUCUCCAUCCUGUACCAACAUUAAAUGUUGUGUCGGUGUACCACUACUGAACCGGACGUUUGAGGUCGGAAUGGAAGUGGAUUACUCCUACUACUCACUGAGAGUCAACGUGGAGAAAAUGUACAGGAGACAGUCCCUCAUUGGAUACGGAUUUGGAAAGGAGGAGAUUCUUAGUGUGCAUGGUGUCUUUAAAUUAAUAUAUAAAGUGAGGGAUCUAGAGGAUGGAAAUCUCCUGGAAAUCAGCUUGAGAGCAGAGGCUUGCUUUAAUGAUGGUGGAAUGUGUGCUGUCAAUAUUUCUAUACUAGAAGGUGAUCUGAUACCAAAGUGGAACAAGAAGUGGACAUCUCCGUAUACCGUGAAAGAUUUCUCAUUGAGUCAAUGGAGGAUUGAAAACUCCGCUGUUUUGACUUUAAAACAGUAUCAGAUUAGUGAACUGCUGGAAAUGCUGAGUCUACAGCCCUACAUGAAGGUCCAAUCAGAUUCCUGUAGCAGACAGAAACCUGGGUAUAGUCAGGCAGGCGCGGAUGGUUGGGAUAAUGAUUGUACAAGUGUGAAUACCUUGCUGUCAUUAAAUCAUUAUCCCCUGACCUGUAAACUUGACAACACCUGUACUAAGGUCACAUGUUGUAUGGACUCGCCUGUCAUCAACUCUACGUUUGAGGUUAUGAUGGACAUUGAUCCCUGUAACAGGAUGCUGCUGCUGAAGAUUGAGAAUUUGAAGGCACAGCUUCCAUUUAAAGAUAUCAACUGGGGAUCCAAGAACCAGUUCUAUCUAUUUCAAGUAGUUCGUCUUGAUUACACCAUCUAUGAUUUGUCCACCCAGAACUUUUUCUUGGUUGACUUACAAGUGUCGAUUUGCUGGGAAACUUACAAAGAUUGCGUGUUUACUGCAGCUAUAUUACAAAACACAUUCUUGCCAAAAAGACAUUGUCUUGAAAAAUCCAAUUUUGAAAUUCCCUCAUUCUCACUGACGUCGUAUGGUGCUGCACAUGGACUGGACUUGAGUAAUCUCUCAGAAGCUCACUUGGCAUACCUCUAUGAUCACCUGGCUGUAUCUAACUACUUAUCACCUGUGUCAUGUAACAGAACAGGUGAAUUUUAUCAACCUGCUGAUGAUGGCUGGAAAAAUGAGUGUUCAGCAGCUGCAGACCUUGCCGCAUUGCCUGAUAAUGUGAACUGUCACAUGACAGCGAGUUGUACCAGCAUUAACUGCUGUAUGGAUGUGACGAAACUGAUGUCCCGCCCAGUGACCUUUCACCUUUCUGUGGACAGUUGUAGUUGGACAAUCAGUUAUGGAAUUGACAACUUUGUUGUGAAUCCGUUUGUCAUGAAUGACUUUGAGUUUGAUGUCUGGCAUGAGUUUUGGAUGAAAGGAGUUUUUCGCAUCAAAUUUUUGGUCACCGAUCUACAAGGAAUAAACCAAUUCCGAGUCCAUCUUCACAUCAUGGCCUGUUUUGAGAGUGGUGCAGCAUGUGAUCAGGAGGUUGUGUUGCUCAAUAAUACACUUCUACCCAAAAGAAACUGUGAUAUAGCUCUGGGAACACCAAUCAAAGGUUUUUCGUUUAAUCAAUGGAAAGCAGAAAAGAUGGUCAGCACAAUGAAUGAAUACAAUAUUGCAGUCCUAGAAGAAGAGUUAGGGCUCUUUGGUUAUUUAUACAAUAAAACACAAGCCUGCGACAAAUCAACUAAAUUUUCAGUUUCAUCAGGAUGGAUAAAUGACUGCCCAGUGAUUCCAACAUCAUCUUUACCAUAUAUAAAUGGUCCAUUUUCGUGUAAUCUGGACCAGGGCUGUUCUAAGAUCACCUGCUGUGUGAAUGUGGAGCCAGUUGCAAGACACCUAACCAUUGCUGUUAAUCUAGAAUUCUGUCCAGACAAAGUAACAGUUGAGUUUGACAAAUUUGUACUGGAAAUGAAACUCAGCAAAUUUAUCUCCUCAGGAAAGGAGGAAACUGUGAACAUCAGCGGCAUCUACCAGUUAAAAUUAUAUAUAGAAGACCUUCCAGACACCAACAUAUACUUGGUCAGUCUCUCCCUCAUGGCAUGCUGGGAAGGCAUUGACUCGUGUGAGGUGUACACCGUGCUGUCCAACACCAGGCUUCCGAAGACUCUAACUCAGCCAUACUGUGACUGGAGAGGGAAAUAUGUGGACUCGGGUUUUUCUGUAGCCUCCUGGUUGUCAUCCAUGAAUUACCCAGACACUACUCCAUUGACUGGUGUCGCUUUACAGGAUCUGAUGGAACGCCUCCAACUGAGCAGAUACAAGGGAGACAACUGUAAUAAGUCUGCAGCUCAAUAUGUACCAAAUACCAAUGGGUGGAACAGUGUUUGUCCUAAUCCUCCUGAAUUAUUGCCCCUGCCCAGCACUUUGAGCUGCCAUCUUCCUAGUUCGUGCACAGGACUGGACUGUUGUGUCUCCAGUAACAAGCUUGGUCAGAACUUCAGGAUAUACCUAGACAUUGACCCUUGUACUUUCAGAGUCAAUGUGGGCAUAGACAACUGGAACUUUACAGAACUCUCGAGGGAAACCAUCAAAAUGCUAAACAGCGAAUUCCAAAGAAGUGUUUGGAUGGAGGGAGUUGUGAGAAUGGACAUUCAUUUGAAAAACCUGUGGCAUGCCAACAAAUAUUUAGUCAACCUGAACAUUAGCAUUUGCCUUGACAACCAAAGCCCAUGUGAAAUAGCUAAUCAAACAGUAUUCCAAAAUGCCUUGCUUUCAAAGAAAACUUGUAAUUGGACCCAACCCUUACCAAACGGAUUUUCACUUUCAUCAUGGAAAAUGAGCAAGUCUCUUGGCCCCCAUGAGAAACUUUCAGACAUCAUGGUGUCCAAACUUGAUGAAUAUUUAGGAUUGACUGGAUACAGAAAACAAUAUAAGUGCAACAGAAGAAGCUCUCCAUAUUGGCCAACAUUUAGUGGCUGGAGUGAAGAUUGCAGGCUGUCUGGACUUCCUUACAACAUGGACAAGAAAACUUACUGCCAGCUUCAUCCCAGCUGUACCUCCUUAACAUGCUGUACAGACGACACAGAGCUUCAGACCACCUUCUCUUGGUUCAUCAACAUUGACUCCUGUAAUCUGAAGCUGAGUUUGGGUAUAGAGGAGUGGAAGGCAGACUUCUCACUGAUUAACUUUACUUUUGGAGAUAACAAGAUUUUCCAACUUGGUGGUGUGUACAGGAUAAGCUACACUCUCUAUGACCUUCCUGUUGACUCCCACUACAUGUUGAGUGUAAACAUCAGUGUGUGCUUUGAAUCCAAUCACUGUGUGAUGACAGAGAACAUUCUCGAAGACAUGAUGCUUCCCAAACCAAUGUGUGACUUCAAAACCACUAGCUACGAUCUACCAGGUUUUUCAUUGACUUCAUGGGUGACUGAAAGAGAAUUUACAGAAUCCUUACUACCAGACUAUGGUGUCCUGGAGUUGUAUGAAGAUCUGGGAUUGGCAAUGUUCAUGAAGGAAAAUUCUUGUAGUAGAAGUUCAAACUUCAGCUCCUUGACGGAUGGAUCAUGGGCUAAAGAUUGUCCCCUGACGGUAACAACGGAGGAUCUGCCUACAGGCCUUGCCUGCUACAUUCCCUCCACCUGUACCGCGGUGUACUGCUGUGUCAAUGCCACCAUACCGUUCCACAGAUCAUUCUCAGCAUUUCUUGACUUUGACCCAUGCAGCAACAGGUUCCUGAUCGGCUUGGAGAACUUUAUCCACACCUUCUCCCUCUAUGAUAUUCUAUUUGGUCAGGAGAAUUUUUACUAUCUAAAGAACAUUAUCAGAAUGAGGUAUACCGUGUAUGAUUUGAAAGCCGAGAGAAAAUACCAACUCACCCUGCAUAUCAGCUUUUGUAUGGAGUCCAGUGGACUGUGUACAUUAGAAAGUAUGGUGUUCCAAAAUACCUUCCUACCUAAGAAAGUCUGCAAGCUGUACUCUGGGUUUGCACAAACUAACUUUUCAUUGAACCAGUGGAAAAUGGACAUGGGAAUUGUUGCAUUGACUGAAGGGGAUAGUUAUUUACUUCAAGAGGAACUGAAGAUUGCUCAGUACCUGAGAACAUACUUAUGUUCCAGAGAGUCGGAAGAUUAUAUCCCUCAAAGCAAUUACUGGAAAGAUGUUUGUGGAAGGGUAAGUGGCAUCACCCAGUUCACUGGCUCGGACAAAAUCAGCUGCUACUUGGCCUCUAACUGUACGAUGGUCACCUGUUGUUUGUUUGACAGUGUGUUAUCUAGAAAUGUAGAAGUCAAACUGAAUAUCGACUCCUGUAGCUUCAACAUGCGAGUGGAGAUUGAAAAGCUUCAAUUUGACAUUAGCUUGUUAGACUUCAAAUGGGGUGAGGUGAUUAAGGUGGAUAUGUAUGGAGUUUAUGUUAUAAGUUUGGUGAUGCAGAAUUUCUACAAUGAUCACAAAUACCUGCUGAGUAUGAACAUCAGUCAGUGUUAUGAACCAGAUGACUGCGAGGUUAAUCAUGUACUGUUCGAAAACUCGGUCAUACCAAAAGCUGUUUGUGAAUGGUCCAUGGACUAUCAAGUUAAAGACUUUUCCCUCUAUGUUUGGAAGCUGAAUAGAGGCCUUGACACAAGCUUGAGUGGAUUAAAUGAACUGUACAUAUCUCAGCUGAUGGAGGAGCUUGGUGUCGCAGCCUACUCCAAAUACCCAAUGUGUACAAUAUCAGCUAGCAAUUCACCGGGAAGAAUAAAUGGAUGGACCACAGAUUGUGCAAUGAACAUCAGUUUACCCAGCCUAGAUUCCAAUGUAAACUGUGACCUGUUAGCUUCCUGCACGGGGGUGCGAUGUUGUGUGCAUGCUUCAGUACUGAAGAGAAACUAUGAGAUCUUCUUCAAUAUUGACCAUUGUAGUAGCAGCCUCAGCAUUCAGAUUGAAGAAGUCUACCACAACAAGACUCUGGCAGGAUUUCAAUGGGGCAAGGCAUAUGAAUUCAAGCUUUUGGGAGUUUACAGAAUUAGAUACACUGUGUAUGAUGUGCCGGAGGAGGAGGUGUAUUUGCUGUCACUGGAUGUGAUGGACUGUUAUGAAUCCACCAGCCCCCAGUGUAGUGCAGGAGCUACAUUUACUGUGUUAAACAAGGCAGUCAUCCCUAAAGCUCAGUGUUCCUGGAAUCAGAGAUACAGGAUACCAAGAUUCUCUUUGAGAUCAUGGCUGACAGAGAAUAAUCUAGAAAAUGCCACAGACCUCGUCACAAAUGACUUUAAACUUGCCCAGCUUCUGGACGACCUUGCAAUAUCACAGUAUUUUGAAACGUCCAUGUGCAGUUUAUCCAGUCUGACAGCUAACCUAGGAUGGACUUCAUCAUGCUCAAAAUCUGUAUCCAGACCCAGCCUUUUUGGAGGCCUCUGUCAUUUAGCUGAGGAUUGUACUUCAUCCGAAUGCUGCUUUAAUGUGGACUUUCUACGGCACAACUUUAAAAUCUUCCUAAAUAUUGAUCCGUGUAAUGCAGUCCUGUAUGUAGGGAUAGAGAAGCUUAGGAGAGAAAUAUCCCUAGUUGGUUAUCAGUUUGGACAACUUGAACAUAUGUGGCUUGGAGGAGUCGUCAGAUCAGAUUUUACUGUUGAAGACUUGUAUGGAGAGCGCCUGUAUCUUGUGAACAUGAACGUCAGUUUUUGCUUCGAGUCUGAUGGAGAUUGCUACAAAAGUAUAGCAGUGUAUCGAGAAACACUUCUACCCAAGCGAAUCUGCCCCUGGGAUCAGAGUCAGAGUUUUUCAUUGAGUGGAUGGAAGACACAGCACGGUAUCCCAUUUGGAGUUCCGCUGAAUACCUGGACGAAAGCUCUCCUACUGGAACAUCUAGACAUCGCACAAUACAGGGAAUUAAAUGAAUGUCAGAGAGGAGAAGGAUUCUACAUAUCCAACACCUUCAACUAUAGAGACUCGGGAUUUAAUCAAAAUGCUUCAAGUAUACCACAAUUGUGCCAGUUGGCUGUGGAUUUAGAAAACAACCCCCUGACUCUGGAGUCAGCAGGGGAAGUAACUUGUUAUGUCCCUAGUCUUUGUACAGCUGUGGACUGUUGUGUGGAGGUCCCUGCACUGGACAUGUCAUUCCAUACCUUCCUUUCCAUUGACCCCUGUCAGUAUAUGCUCAAGAUUGGGAUUGAAAAGUACAGCUUUCAGAAGUCGCUUGAUGAACUGAGUCUUGGCCAAGAUGAAACAUUUACUUUAGCAGGGAUUAUCAAGCUGAUCUAUAAAGUAGAGGACCUGUCAGCAGAGAAGUUAUACAUGAUAACAUUGAAGAUGAGCAUCUGUACAGAAACAUCAAGAUGUGAAGCUAAUCAUACAAUUUUUAGCAACAUGCUGCUUCCAAAACAGCCUUGUCAUUGGAAUGAGGGAUUUGUCAACUCGAACUUCUCGGGCUCUGCCUGGGUCACCAACAAUGACUACGCCUUUCCCCUGUCUGACUCUCAGUCUGCUGAGCUCAUGGAGGAGGUGAGAGCUGCUCGCUACCUACUGACUGAGUCAUGUGACCCAGACUCGGGAAUCUACUCAUCUACAGCUAAUGGCUGGAAUAGUUAUUGUCCUAAAGAAAUACAGUUGUCAAAUUUGACUGAGAGUCCCGCAGUGUGUCAUUUGUCUUUGGAAUGCAACAAGAUACUUUGCUGUGUCAGUGCAGAGAGCAUCAGAAGGACUUUCCAGGUAGAAAUCAGUCUUGAUUCUUGCUCCAAAGUUAUGCUCAUCAAACUGGAGAGACUCGCCAUCAAAGUAGAUCUUCUGGACUAUCAAUUUGGUACAACCCAUCACUACAGUCUGGUGGGAUUGCUGAGAGCAGAUUUAAGACUGCAUGAUUUGCCAUACCAGAAGAAGUAUAUGAUGGAUCUCGCUAUAAGUGUGUGUCUGGAAAGCAGUGGGACCUGCAUGUUAGUGGUGACUGUACUGGACGGUUCUCUGAUUCCAAAGACGGCGUGUGAUUGGUCAUCUGGACUGCAAGGAUUUUCCUUACAAAACUGGCUUGUGACAAAUGGCGAGAGUACGGGAGCUGCCUCAUUGCCUAAGCACGUGCAGCUGAUGUUGCUAGAGGAGAGAGGUGUAUCCAGCAUGAUGAGGGAUACCCCCUGUAGUAGAACCAGCGAUUCCAUGUACAACACAACGAUGCCCGUGAAUGGAUGGGUAACAGAUUGUGUCUCGGGGAUGUCAGACUUGCCAGACUUACCAUCAGAAAUAACUUGUUAUAAUCACAUCUCCUGUACUGCAGUCACAUGUUGUAUGGACGUUACAAAGUUUGACAGCAGAUCUAUUGAAGUAUCUAUCAUCUUUGAUGAGUGUGCCAACUUCCUAACCCUGACCAUAGAGAGGAUAUCUGAAACUGUUUAUUUGCAGGAUUUCUCCUACGGAACAGAGCAGAAAUUUACAUUGAAAGGCAUUUUUGAAUUAAAAUACAUCGUAACUCAGAACAUGUUGACUCGGAAGUACGAGUUCCAAGUGAAUGUUUCAGCAUGCUAUGAACCUUUAAUGUGUGAUCAGGCUGUUACCGUUCUCAAUCAGACAUCAUUUGACAUGAAAAACUGCACUUAUCAAGAAGGCUUUCUGGAUUCCAACUUCUCUCUGAUUGCUUGGUUGGCAUCUCAUGCUGUCCCUUCUGUUGAUGAUAUGACUGUACCCAGGGCCAGUGAACUCCUGAUGGAGCUUGGACUGGAUCACUUCCUGGACUCCACAGACAGGUGUUCUCUGUCUGACACUGUGUAUGGAGCUGCAGAUGUAGAUGGCUGGAAUAAUGAGUGUCCAAAAUUUCCAAACUACACUUUACCAACCAUUACACAUAAAGAACGAAUCCUGUGCCACAUCCCAUCAUCGUGUGACAAAGUGUCUUGUUGUGUCUACAUUGCUCCUGUUCAGAGACACACAGAGGUGGAACUUGUGUUGAAUACCUGCAGUUACCAGCUGGAAGCUACAAUCGAUAAUCUCAAAAUCACUCGGAACUUGUUCACAUACACGUGGGGGACAACAGAGGAGAUUGGAAUUCAUGGGGUUGUUAGAUUUGGGUUUCAUGUUACAAAUGUGAUUACUGAGAAGAAAAUUAAAGUUGAUGGGAAUAUCAAAUUGUGUUUUGAACAAAGCAGCUGCAAUGAUUUGUUGAGCUUCCACGACCUACCAACAGCUUAUCGUACUUGUAAUGAAAGCAUUGGAGAGGCAGCGUUUGACGGUAUCAGCUUUGACUUUUGGAGGCAGACACAGUGUGGAAUCUUUAGUUUUGAUGCAGCAGCAUGUACUCCCACUGAUAUAGAGGGUAUUCCUGUAGGAAUACGGAAUGAUUGCCGGUACCUAUCUGACUGUAGUGGUAUAGAGUGUUGCUUUGAAAAUCAGUUCAGUCUUGGGAGCCGACGGAAUUUCUUCAGUGUAAGGAUUGACUGUAACAACUUGGAAUUCCAGUUAGAGAACAAGAGAGUGCAGAAAUCCUUGUCAGCUCUUUCUGAUGGUACAGAGUACAUUGAAUCUUUUGGAAGUCCACCUGAAUUUCAAGUGAACUACACCAAAAUAGAGAAUUCAGCAAAUCAUGCCCUAGGAGUGGUGUUACUGGUGGCAGAGUCGGUUCCUGGGUCUUCUGGAAUUGCCACGUAUGAUAUAAUGAACUUAACCUCCACCAGGAUCACUCCAUCAGGAUGUGUUACAGGCAGAAGAAGAAGACGGAGAAGAUCUGUGGAUGUCUCAAAAUUGGAUCCACUAAAAUUUAUAGAAGGAAUAAGGACUCUUCUGGAAAGUGAUGCACCGAAUGAUGACUUUGAAAAGUUUUGGCAAAGGACCAUUAAGGAGAAUAAACUUGAAAAGGCAAAGAAUCUGGCUGCGACACUUUUGUCAAGCAAUGAUGUAACAACUGGGAUAAAAUCUCAGAUACAGGCGCUAGGGUCUGGUAAUCCAUUCACCAUUAAAACAACAGAGGAUAGCAGUCAGUAUGUUUCAGUUCAGGGAGGUGCCGCCAUUGCCGACGUUUUGGUCAGUCCUUCUUCAAUACCUGGGAGAAGCCACCAGCCAUACGUUGUAGGCAGUGGAGUGACAACACAGGGGGCUAAGAUACUGGGAAACAAGCUAGCAUGUAUGACGAUUGGAGAUUUGGAAGCCCUAUUACAACUAAAGAAUAUUGAUCCAGUGAAAGUGGCAUUACUUCUGAAAGACAUACAGGAUCUAGCGAAAGCUCUGUACUCUGAAUUCAUCAGCAAGUUAUUCACUGAUGGAGCCAGUAUAUUUAGAAGUUUUGAAUUGGAGCUCCGAGGAGAUUUCAGCUUCCCCAGACAACAGGGAAACAUGUUCAGCUUUUCAAAAACAUUCCCUGUUGGAGGAUUUUUGACGAUGAACUUUGCCUUUGGAAUUGACUACUACUUUGGUGUCAAGUUUGCUGUGGGUGCUAAGAUUAUGGAAAUGAAAGGAUUUGUGGAGGUAGAGCCCUAUGGAGGUCUGGUGGUGUGGGGAGAACUGGGCAUUGGAUUUGCUCUGUAUGGUAAACUACGCCUUGUUGGAUACAUCCUGGACACUGGUUUUCCGAUUACAGCAGAAGUAGCUUUCACUAAAUUUCCAAUAGAUGUUACACUUAAGAUGUACUUGAGGCUGACUCCUCUGAAACUGAGGCUGUAUGCUCUGGUGACUUUGGAAAUUGACCUUCUGUUAACAACAAUUAAGCUGACUUUAUACAAAGUUAAACUGUGGGAGUUUCAGACUGCAACAAUUAGAAAACUGCUGAUUGACAACUCAAAAGAUGAGGAGGACAAAACACCCCCAAAACUUCAAAGCUUUGGUGGCACAACUCCUUCUGGAUCGUGUGGAGUUCUACAAGUCGCGGGUCGAGACCACACAGAACCUCAGUUUACCAUCAAUGUUCUGGCUGAGGAUGACAGAAGUAAUGUCAAUCUGCACUUGGACAUCGGAACAGUGCCUGGGGGUUCUGACGUCAUGUCGAAAAGACAGCUCGGAGGAUUUUCUACUGCUCUAAAUGAUAUUCUACAUCCAGCUGGGGUUCCUUUAUACUUCACGGUGCACGUGUCCAAUGAAGCGGGAGUAAGUGUCCCCGCCUCCUGUAAGCUGGACACGUAUGACAUGACUAUACCAGGAGGUAGGAUGGCUGAGUCCUUUACCUCCACUAGUAACCCCAGCAUUCUGAAAGGAGUAGUCACUGUGUAUGAAGAUUCCUCCCUCAAACAUACCAUGGUGGCUGUUGGAUAUGGCGAGGGCAUCUAUGGAGAACAGAUCGUCAAAUGGACAUCUACUUCAGUCGCUGCCAACACUGUUGAUUAUGAUGUCGGCCAUGAUCCCUUAAAUCAAAAGGUGAUGACCCUUUUCUCGUCUGGAAAGCCGGGGAGACUUGUUGGGAGAGGCAUCAGAGUAGCUGAAUACCAGAAGAUCACCACUAAGGAAGAGUGUGCAGCGAAGUGUAAUGCAUUGCAUGCGACAAAGUGUUUAAGUUUUAAUUACGACUAUGGAUCGUCUGGGCAGUGUGAACUUCUGGAGGCCAUUGAAGGACAGGAUCACAAGACAUCACAUGAUGGGCAUUAUAUGCACUUUGAGAAGCUGGGCGUGGGAUCCAACAGAGGAUUUGAGUACAACAACCUACAGCUGCCACAUGAUCAUCUCUUCUACUUCAACUUCCGCAUAAUCAACAGUCUGCAGUUUCAGAACAUACUGUCAUCCAAACCUAUAAUCACCGAUUACACCCCUCCAGAUCCUACGUCAUGGCAAAUAAACAUCACCAGUGAUACAUUAGAAACCAUUAAAUGUGAAGAUGUCCUCCCAGAUGAUAGAGAUGACUGGGAAGAGAGAUACUGUGAGGGCGUGAACCCAAAGACCAAAAAUCAUCGUAUUGUUGUGGAUGGACAAAACUCAGAAACGGUCUAUAAUGGCCACACUUAUAAGAAUGACCUGAAGUACACCAGGGCUAACAAAUAUAUAUCGGCAAACUGGGAUGGUAUCUAUGACAACGAGACAGGUAUCCUAGGUUAUUCAGUGACAGCUGGUGAAUCAGUUUGUGAGGAGAAAAUAAAAGAGCACCACGAUCCUCAUGCUCAUCUGUUUGACCGCUCACAAUGGACGCACAGUGUCAUGAUGACCCCCCUGGAAGAACCAUACACUGUUCUGCCAGAUGGUCCAUAUUACAUCACAGUUAGGGCCAUUAACAACAUAGAGUAUGGUGGAGCACUGAGCACAAGUUUCUGUCACUCCACACCGUACAUUGUGGACAACAGUCCUCCACUGGUCUAUGAAGUAUACAAUGUCCGCUAUGAUGAGGAGAAGUUCAAUCUCUCAUUGACCCAUAAUUCAUCCGAUCCAAACUCGGGUGUGAUCAGGAAUGACCUGUGUCUGGGUCGGACCAGAAGAGACUGUGAUGAACUGAUGUGGGAACCCAUGGAAUACAAUCAAAAUAUCACCUACCUACAGAAAAUUAGCGAGGGUGUCCCCAUUUGGGUUAAGGUCAAAGUUGUUAACAACGUUGACCUGAGAACAAUUGGGAUUUGCAAUUCACCUCUGAUAAUAGACAGGUCUCCUCCAGUGGCUGGUGUUGUGAACGAUGGGGAACUACCCGGAAUUGAUCUAAAUUACACCAAAUAUGAGAACAAGAUAUGUAGCAACUGGCAUAACUUUUACGACCCUCAAUCCGGAAUUGCCAUGUACAUGGUGGGAGUUGGGUCCUCUCCCAAUGAUACAGAUGUUGCCAAUCUUACCCGCUUUUCCAGUAAAUCUCAUGUUGCUUGUGUGGAGCUGAAGCCAGAUAGGUAUCUCCAACACAACCAAAAAUACUUCACGACUGUGUAUGCCUACAAUGGAGGUCACAAGCAACAGAAUGUUUCAGCCAUCUCCAAUGGAGUUUUAGUCGACCUAACAAAGCCAGUUCCUGGACAAGUGAUAGAUGGGAAUACAGUCAAUUUUACAGAUGUGAAAUAUACCACAAGCCAAGCUAAAGUAGAUCUACAAUGGAGAGACUUCUAUGAUCCAGAAUCCAACAUAAGUCAUUAUGAUGUGAAAGUUUACAGAGCUGAAAACAUGAGUCGUAACUUUGAGGAAGUCAGAGACUGGACAAAGUUUGAUGCCUCAACAACCAGUGUAAAAUGGCUGAAUUUCCACAACCACCACAAAGACAGAAUGAUGACGUCCCUGCGGACCACAAACAGAGCCUUAAAUGAGAUUGUAAACAACACUGAUGGGUUUAUUGUGGAUCUGACUCCUCCACAGUUGCACUACCUGUGGGAUGGAGCACAGAGCAGGGACAGAGAGUUCCAGUCUGAAACAGACCAACUAACAGCUUCAUUUAAAUACACUGAUGAUGAAUCGGGAGUAGAUCAUAUCAAACUUAAAAUCUAUGAAGUCUAUCAUGGCACUCGAACACAGAAGUACCCAGUGAUAAAGAAUGAGUGGAAAGACCUACCUAGUGGUGACAUGACCACCUACACCUGGACAGGACUCUCCCUGAGGAAUGGAGCGCGAUACACCAUGAGGGUCGGAGCCAUUAAUCAUGCUGGGUUCUUGGCUUCAUUCGAAACAAACGGCAUUGUUAUUGACGCUUCCCCACCAAUAGUUUUAAGGUUGAAGAUUGGUGUCAUUGGUGAUGCCAAGGAGCAGAAAGUAGAUGGUCACGUGUGGCAGGCUGAUAAGAAGGGAAUCCAGGCCUCGUGGUUGUGUAGAGACCCGGAGUCUGGAAUCACAGAGUAUCAAGUCGCUGUUGGAACUACUCCAGGAGGGACUGAUAAGCUGUCCUGGAAAUCUGUUGGAACGGAGAGUAGUCAGUACAUCAGUGGACUGAAUCUAGAACUGACCAAUCAAACCACGAGAUCUCCGGUGUAUUAUUUGUCACUGAGGGCCAGAAAUGGAGCAGGGGUUGUCAAUCCCACGCCAAAAACCUCCACUCCCAUUAUUGUGGUGGAGGAGGACAAAGCUGGCAUUGUUGUUGAUGGUCCUGAUAAUGUGGAUCAGACAGUGAUUCAGAAGCAAGCUGUCAACAUGACGUCAGACAUUGACUACCAGCUGGGAUCCUCCACUGUGUCAGUCCAGUUCACAGGGUUUGAGAGUGCUCUUCAUGGAGUGAUGCAUUUUGAGGUGGCAGUCGGUACAGAGCCCAGUGGAGAGGAGGUACUGCCAUUCACAGCAGCCAAUAUUGUACAUAUGGAGGAAACGGAUAUUGCUGGCCAUGGUUUAUCAAGCUCGGGGUAUGUGCAGAUGAACUUGCCACUGGAAGCCAAUCAAACUUACUUCUCAACCAUAAGAGGCAUCACUAAUGGAGGAAAUGUGUUGGAGACCAGUUCAGAUGGAUUUACUGUGGACCAGACACCACCUAUUAUUGGCAUUGACAGAUUGGGAGACAAAUCAUCAGCAGAAGUCGAUGUUUCUGAAGGAGUCUUGAUUUAUGAACGGACAGUGGAUGCCUUGUCAGCGAUGUGGCAUUACAAUGAGUCAGAGUCCCAGAUAGUCAGGGCCUGGUUUUCUGUAGGAACUUUUCCAUCUGGUCAAGAUAUAGCAAAGCGAGAAGAAGUAGCCAUGUCGUCAACACUAUCUAGUUUCCUUGCUAAUAGUGAAGUUAUACCAGAUGUAACAGGAAAACCAAAUAUUAUCAGUGUGUGGGCAGAGAACUCUGUAGGUUUGGUCAGCCAGACAAGAACAGGAACAGUGGUCAUAGACAAGACACCACCACAGGCCGGAACAGUCAAAUGUCCAGCUUUUAUUCAGGCAUCGGCUCCUAUAGUGUGUACAUGGACAGGGUUUGUGGACACAGAGUCACCAAUCAAAGAAUACAGAAUCAUGAUGGGACACUCCAAGGGAGACAACUCUGUUUUCUCUGGGGGAGUGGUUCCUGGAUACAUACAGACCUUCACUAUUCAAGGUAUUGGACAAAAAAUGCAGCACGGAUCCAAAUAUUAUGUAACCGUGACAGCAGUGAACAUGGUGGACAUGAAUGAGAAUGCUUUCUCUGAUGCCGUUGGGGUGGAUCUAACACCACCACAGACAGGGAUGGUGGUGGACCUGCACUCCGUAUACAGAAUAGAUGCUACCAGUACUGACAACACUGUGGCUAUGAAUGCUAAGAUCUGCCUUACUAAAGAUGAAUGUGAUGCCUUGGAUGCUGUAUGUACAGAGUCCUUGACGUCUCUCUCUGUCACCUGGAUUCCAUUCACUGAUCCGGAAUCCGAUAUUACGGAAUAUCAAGUAGCUGUUGGAACAAGUCCUGGUGGAGGCCAGGUCAAAGCUUUCUACAGAAUCCCAACAGAGAGCAAACAUCACACAGUCACGGGGCUCAACCUGGAUGGGUACAGACAGUUGUUUGUAUCGGUGAAGGGAAUAAAUGGAGCAGGAUUAAGCAGUGUUUCCACAUCUAAUGGGGUGUACAUUUCCUAUCUGAGUCAAGGGAGACCACCCCUGCAUCAUAUAGGUGUUAUUGAUAUGACUGAUGGAGAGGCUGUUGAUAUAGAUUUCCAGACCAGUCCGAAUACAAUACAGGCGGGAUGGGACAUGUCGGGUGACCCUUGUCCAGUGGUAAAAUACGAAUGGGCCAUCAGGAGAAUUGAUGGACGGGAAGUGUCCAGUUUCCUAGACAUGGGAUUGAAAACAUCAGGACUCAAUGAUGGUUUGGUUAUGAAGAAUUUGGAAACCUACAUAAAUUUAGUACGAGUUACCAAUGCCAUAGGAUACCAGUACACAAUGAGGUCUAAUGGAGUAACCAUCCAAGAAACUCCUCUACUGCCAGGCAAGGUGUACGAUGGAGACAUUGAGGGCUACGACCUGAAUUAUCAACCUACAAAAUCUACGGUGUCUGCCAACUGGAAUGGCUUUGGAUUACCACCAGAUGUCAUAAUUCAAAUUGAUGUUGAAAGUGGUAACACAGGGAUACAAAUAGACAAGGACAAGCUCGAGGCCCAGGAUGGAAGUCAGCAAGUGGCAUACUACCUUGUGGCACUGGGAACGGACCGUCGCUUCAACAAGACCAGAGACAAUGUGGUGCCAUACACUAAUGUGGGAACCAACACCUCAGUGACUUUCUAUGACCUUGACCUCACUCCUGGCAUUGCCAUUUACUAUUUCUCAGUGUAUGCCAUCAGUAAAUCCUUUUCCAGGACAUUAGUAACUUCCAAUGGGUUUUAUGUAGGAUAUGAUGGUGGAGUAACUGUUGGAACAAUAUUGAGCCCUACUACAUGUGUAUCCAGUGCGACAACAUUAGAUGUACAAUAUGAAGGUUUCACUUCAAAACUCGGCAUCUUGAUGUUCUACAUUGCCAUUUCAAAUCAUACGGAAGUUCUGUCUACCAACUGUAAAGGAUAUAUUGAUGGUGGCAAUGUACCAGAGCAUGAAAGAAAGGCUUUGUUUUCCGUACUUGAUGUAACAAACAAGGGCCAUGACACUUAUGCCAAUGUAACUGGUCUUGAUCUGGAACAUGGGAAAACCUACUAUAUAUGGGUCAUGGGAACUGAUAAAUCGGGAGCCUGUGAAAUGACCUACUCCGAGUUCCUGGUAGAUACAACUGCUCCCGAGACAGGAAGCAUUAAAACUGGACCUUGGUAUGACAUGAGUGUUGCCUAUUCCUCAGACAACAGCAGUAUAAAUGUAACUUGGACAGAUUUCAAAGAUCUGGAGUCAGGAAUUACUAAAUUUGAAGUUUCCUUGUGGAAGAACAAGACUUGCCUUAGAAACAGCGAGACAGUACUGGUCACUGAUUGGAUAUCACUUAGUAGUAACUACUCCUACUACCAGCUAGUGGACCAGCAACUGGAGAAAAAUGUGCCAUAUUUUGUGAAGCUGCGAGUGACAAACUGUGCUGGUCUGUCUGUUGUAAAGCAGUCUCCACCAAUCCUGGUGGACUUAACUCUUCCCAUACCAGGAGUGGUCAAGAAUGGCAAGGAUUUCCAGAGUGAUCGACUGUGGUUCUCUGAUCCAAAUUCUGUCCAAGGAACUUUCUUGCACUUUACCAAUCCAAACUUCUUGGAGCAUACCUGUCCAAAUCAGGAGCUAUCAAUGAAGGACGGUGGAUGGGGAAGACUGAAUAAACAGGGAAUGCUGGAUCCUGGGGGAGAAUCGUGGAGGAUUAAGUACGAGGACAAGUAUGUGAUACCAGCUCCUGUUGAAGACAAAGUGGACCUCAAACUGGUCCUCAUCAAAGAUUCCAUGAACAGGGAUCUGAUGGGAGCUGGUGCUAUUUACAGGAGGGCUGAGCUCUACAAUGGUGGGGUAUAUAAGCUAAGACUACAAGCUGCAGGGCAGGAUGGGGAGGCUGUCACGGAGAUACUAUUCUGGGAUGGCCCCAGCGACGGUAUUGCGACCUACAAGUAUCAGUCAGAGGCAGACUUUGUGAACUGUGACUGCUGUUUUGUCGAUCCUAUUCCAGAGUGGUGUGGUGGAUGCAACUGCACCAGCUACCUUAUGAACCAAGGGUAUCACCUGAAUGAGACCUUCACCACAACCCCUGUACCAACAACCCCCGCUCCAGCGAACAUCACCUACCCCCCGUAUGAUGUGGUGGACGGACAGGGGAGUAGUGUUAUUGACAAACCGGACCUUACGGCCAACACAGCUCAAAAUUCUUGUGGCGUACAGAUCUACUCAGGUAACUCUAAAACCAACACGAGUGCAUUCAUUGUGUCCUGGUGCCGAUAUUUCAAUGACACAAGCAGAAUGAGGAAACUGGUGACUGAGAUUGAUGAUGACCCAGGUGAAGGUUUCCAUGACUACAAGGUGGACUUUGCUGUUAGAAAUGAGGAAGCCACUUCUAUUGUUUUAUGCAUGAUGGUCUACAUGGAUGACAACUUCCUAAAUGAAAUCUGUGAUAUACCACAGCUGUCCACAGAUGCCUUCAUGUUCAUCCAUGUGUUCAAACGACUGAACCAGCUACCAGAACACACGGACAAGUUCAGUGUGUGGUCAGCACGAGCCUCGGUGUCCGCCCUGGAAAUGCCUCCCCCUGUAGGAACUCUCUGUAGAUCUGGUCCACAGUUUGUGGGCUUCACAAAGCCCAUCAUGAAAUAUGAGGCAGGAGUUGGUACUUCACUGCUAAUGACUGAUGUUGUGGAAUUUAGAGAGGUUGACCGUCCUUGUAUACCAUGCACAGACGAAUGUUCAAGAUACGGCUGUGAGACUUCUUGUGCCAUUGCCCACACUGUCCAGAAAUCCUUCACUCUCUCCAAUAUCACCUUGCCAUCAAAGAGAGUGACUGUGAAUGACACAGGCCAUGAGAAUCACCAAAUCAUUACUUACUAUCUUACAGUGAGGGGGGUGACAGGAUCUGGGGAUGCUGCUCAGGCCUCCUCUAAUGGGUUCUAUGUGGAUGAUACGCCACCAGUGUUUGACCCCGAGGUCAUGGGAGCAUUCUUCUACUAUGAUGUGGGACAAGGGGAGAGUACUCCAGUCAAGUUUCAGAAAGCUAAUGACACAAUCAAGUGUAUAUGGAAAUGUGACGAUGAGGAGAGCGACAUUGUGGAAAACUUUUGGGCCAUUGGAACAUCACCGGGAGCAACAGAUAUUCAGAACUUUACAUCCACGGGGCAGAAUGUUGCAGGAAUCAACAGCGGAUUGGGUGGAAUCCUGGAACAUGAUCAGGCUUACUAUGCUAGCUUUAUAUGCUCUAAUGGUGCAGGGCUAAAUACAACCUAUGUAGACACUGGAGGAGUGGUGGUGAAGUUAAUCCCACCAGAUGUUGACAUGGUGAAUAAUACGAUACCAGGGACCUCUCACUUUACUGAGGAAGUCUACCCCAAAGAGUCCCUCCAACAACAGGACCCAACCUCUGUAGGAUUCACAUUCACCAAAUCUGAUGACCCAUCUGUCAACAGAUAUGAUCUCUGUGUUGGGUCUGAAGAAGAACGAGAUGACAUUAUACCAUGCACCUGGGUAGGCUACAAUACAUCGGGGUCUGCAGAAAUAAAGAAUGGAGCCCUCUGGAUUGAUGGUGUAGAGGUCAGAAAACUGUCUGAUUUAAAACCGUAUCAAGACUACACCAACAUCAGCAACACAUCAUCAAGCAGUUUCACAAUGCCAGUGGGCCAGCAAAUGUUUGUGACGAUGCGUUUGUGUAAUGAGGCCAUGUUAUGUACUAACAAGAGUCUAGGAGUGGUGGUCAUCACUAAUAGUAAUUCUGCAAUAGCUACCUCAACCAACGGCAGUGCUAUAGAACAGAGAUUAUCAAUAACUACUCGAAAAAGAGCUGUAGCUGAGCUGGACAUACAGACACCAAGUGGUUUAUCAGAUGGCCAGGCAAUCAUAGUAACCAAACUCAGUGAAACUGAUCUCGCCAAUGUCUACCGCUCGGAUGCCUCCAUAGAUUAUGUGUCUUACAUACAGAAUCCAGCUACUUCCAUGGACAUGGUGGAAAGACUUCUCUACAAAAGGUUUUAUGGGCAGAGUUUUGCCUUCUCCUUAGUUCCUCUGGGCAAUGUUCCAAUGCCGGGUCCUGUAAUCAUUACUUACCCAGACACUGUGGGUCACGUGACCACAGGAAACAGAACUAUGUUACUUCACUGGAAUCCAGUGAUGCAAUAUUGGGAGAUAUCCAGCAGGACCUGUAGGUAUCUCCCGCCAGAGGAACAGGAAGUCUAUGAUGCAGCCAAACAAACCAUGUCUGUCAAGGUGUGUGAUACUUAUGCAGAAGAUAAGAUUGGUAAAACCAACUCUAGGAGGAAGAGAGCAGCACCAGAGCUAGCUGUCAGUUAUUAUGAGAAAGAAACCAUGUUCAUUCUCUCUGAAACUAGAGCUUCUAUUUAUAAUUCUGCACCACAGUUAGAUAGUCAAACAGAGGUCAACAUCAUGGAAGACUCGGGAACUCUAAAUUAUCAGCUCUCAGCAGUAGAUGAAGAAGGAGAUCACAUCAUCUUUACUCUCUUAAGUCAGACAGUGAAAGGAGAAGUGUCUCUGUCAAAUGAUGGCUUUUUGGUCUAUACUCCUUGUGUUGACUGUUCUGGUACUGAGACAAUUAGCAUCAUGCUCACCGAGAACCAGACAACCCCAGAAAUUCCAGCAGCCAGCUCAGAAGUGACCAUUAACAUUAACAUCCAACCAAUCAACGAUCUCCCAGUAGUCUUCUUGACGCUGAAUGGUUCAUCACUUCUGAGUAAAGAUCCAACAGAGGACGUUAUAGUUUUACUUGAGGCUAUCAAUAACUUCAAUUCCAAUGAGAGCAGGAACUGGAAGGCCAGGAUUGGAGCGUAUGACGUAGAAAAAAGUGACACACUGAAACUCUUGCUAUCCAAUCCUCUCCAUUUAAACAUUUCGGUAACAGAGGAAAAUGAUCAAGUGCCUCAACUCUUGAAAGACUGUAAUAGUAGUAGUGAAAUUUGGCCAACCAUGAUACCUUGUACAAACAGCUUCACCAGCAGCCUCCCACACCCACCAUCCAACAUGUCUUGGUUGACAUAUGUCAUACAGUUCACCCAGCCCAUGAAUGAGUUUGGCAACUACACUGUCAGUUUCUAUUUUGAGGACUCUUCACAUGGGACCUCCCUACCCGUGAACAUUAAAUUUGGCAUAAUGGAGAUGCCUUGUCACAAUGGAGGAUCAUGUCGAGCCACUGGAAUCUACCCAUGUGAUGACACACACAGGACACACAGCUUUGAUGCGUACUACCAGUGUCAGUGUACGGGAGGAUACCAGGGUAGAUACUGCACCAAGGAGGUCAACGAAUGCCUCAGUGAUCCGUGUCUUCCUCCAUUUGUCUGUUAUGAUGACCUUGACAGCUACCACUGUGCCUGCCCCUCAGACAACCCUAACUGUGAACUGGUCAUGUGGAUGAUGGUGGUCAUUUCAAUCAUUGUGGUCAUUAUUCUAAUACUGAUUGGCAUUGCUGUCUACCGGUACAGGAAGCAAAGGAGCAAGGAUUAUCUUUUAAAAAAAAGCUCUUCAGAAACAUCUAUUCCUAGUAUACUGGAAGGCAGUGAAGAUGAAUUUACAGACUCUGAUGAGGAAACCAAGUUUGAAUUUGGACAGCAAUUGGAAGAAGAAGAAGAUAAUUAUCUUAACAUGGAACCUCGUUUUCUAGACCAAGAAAAGAAAGUAUUUUGGCAAGUGAAUUCCAGUAAAGACUCCCAUCAAACUUUUGCCAAAGAAGGUGAAGAUGAAACUUCUGCUGAAGAUGAGGAUGAUCAUAUAACACAGGCUGAAGAUGACAAUGGAAGUACCAGUGUUGAAAUAGAUGAUCAAUCAUUUGUACACCCCCCACCAAAUUUUAACUCUCCAACACAUAUUGAAAUGCAAUAUGUGAAACACUACCAACGUCAUAGAAAAACAACUUUCCAGCCACUGGUACCAACAGCGUCUGAUCAAAAUGGUCCCCUCCCACCAGUAACGAAGAGGAAGUCUUUCCGGAAAAGAAGAGUGGCACCAAAUCCAACAGGAAGUCAGACUGAAGAUUUUGUUGUGUCAGCUGGUCCAAGCAACAAGCAGUACAUCGGUGAAUCGCUCCCCAUCCUUCUAGAGGGCAAGAGAGUGGAGACCCUAAAUGAUGGCAGAACUGAAAGCUCAUCUUCCUUGAAGUCUGAACUUGCGAGUCGAGGAUCACCGGAUGGUAGAGAGUAUAACACACAGUCUCCUAUUGACCCAGAUCGCUUCAAUCCUCGACUGGCUUUGCAUUUCGGUUCAGAGGAAGACAAUUGUGAUGAACAGUCCCAGGCUUAAAUGAAUGAAUCCAAUUUGUGACCAUGAUAAAAAUUAACUAUAUGUGAAUAUACAUGUAUAUUUGAUGACUGGUCACAUUUGUGUGAGAAACAUUUCGUUAUUUUUUUCUUCUCUCUCUUUCUUUGAAGGCAUUUCGUGUAUAAUUAGUUCUCUAUCAGUGACUGAAUGUACUUUUUUUCUACCACACAAUGAAUUAUGUAAAAAGUUUCAAAAUUAAAUCUAAUUUUAAUCUU